AUGUUGAGCGAAACGAUCGUGCUAAGCAUUUGGCCUCCCUCGGCUUCAGCUCUUUCUGUUGAGCCAGCAUGUGUUGCUGCCCUAUUCCACCUUCAGCUUGCUAUUCCCGGAAGAUUCUCCGUUGCAUACACUGCAAAUCCCGACCAGGCUCCGAGCGGUCAACUGCCUUAUCUAACGCACGGUCUACAUAAUGUAUCGUCACUGACUUCUAUUGUUCACUACGUCAAAAAUUUGCCUGGUGCGCUCGACGUAGACGGCUCAUUUCAAAAGGCGCAGUCUGCAGCGAGGAUCGCUCACGUACAGACAACCUAUGGUGAUUUAUUGACUGCCAUGUUGUAUUCCAUUGAUACAAACUGGUGGAAUGUGACGCGGCCUGCGAUCGUAUCUGCUCUUCCGGUGCCGCAGUGUUACUAUGUCCCAGAAAGACUUCGUAAUUCUUACAGACCGAGACUAGAAGCUGCUGAAAUGUGGAACAUAUCAAGCGUCGACCAAGACGAUAAGGAAAAUGUGAUGUCCGCAUUUCGAAAAGACAAAAGAAAAAACAAGCAGGCGGAAACUCAGAGGUUCAAAACUGUAUUUGCAAGAGAUAAAGCCGCUCAACAAGCCCGGGAAUUUUUAUCUAUAUAUGAAAGGUUUCUUGGCGAGGACCGGUUUUUUUACAGCAGCGAACGGCCUACAUCGUUGGAUAUCAUAUUUGCUGCACAUACGCAUAUACUCGCGCAAUUGCCAUUUACCGACAAUCUACUUCAAUCAGUACUUGUUCAUUCGUUUCCAACAAUAUUGGCGCAUGCGCGUGCCGUCCAAUCUGCCAUUUUAGAAAAUGCUGUCCCUCCCAUCGCUCGGUCGAAUCCAUCAUCUUCUAUUAUGUUUCUGAUUCCCCUCCGCAUAUCUUCUCUCCUACGCAAACCCAGAGUAGCGCACAGUGUCGAGGAUGGCCGUUAUACGGUAGCUCGUUGGGGUUGGAUUUCCCUUGCGAUUACAGGUGUUGCAUUAUAUUUCCGUCUGUAUAGGCGUGAGAUUCGAGAAGCAGAGUACGAGGAAGACGUGCUUGUGGCGCACGAGGAGAUGCUGGAAGAAGAGGAUUAUGAGGACGAGUAA